AUGACCCCAUGGACCAGAGCACACCAGGCACCUCUGUCUUCCACUGCCUCCCGCAGUUUGGUCAAAGUCAUGCUGGUAGCUUCGAGAAACAGGUAUCUUCCUUUUUUAGAUAAUUUUUAAACCUUUAUUAUACCGAAAUUUUAAAAAUACAUACAAUAUAAAACAUUACAUUCAAACAUUACAGAUUAUGAAUACACAAAAAGUAUAAAUGAAAGAAGAGAAAAAGUAGAAGAAUAGAAAAUGAUGUUAUUUACGAUAAAGAAAAGCCUUCCAACUAUACUCAUUGUACUAUUUUGAACUUAAAUUUUUUACAGUUUCCUAAAUCUUCGCCCCCCCACACCUCACAUUCUCCUUUUUGGUUCUAGUUUUCUCCAAUAUUUCCUUAUAUUAAAGGACUCAUUCGAUAUACUGUUGUUACCUGCUCUGAGCCCGGCUUCGGCUGGGGUGGGCAGGAUAUAAAUAAAAUAUUAUUAUCUGCCAUAAAGCUUUUGUUAUCACAGUAAUCUUUAAUAUAUUCUUUGAUUACUUUCCAUUCUUUAUUACCAUCUUGUAUUGUAUUUCCUCUUACUGCUCUGGUUAUCCUUGCUGCUAAUAAUAAUAAUAAUAAUAAUUAUUAUUAUUUAUUAUUUAUACCCCGCCCAUCUGGCUGGGUUUCCCCAGCCACUCUGGGUGGCUUCCAACAAAACACUAAAAUACAAUAACCUAUUAAACAUUAAAAGCUUCCCUAAACAGGGCUGCCUUCAGAUGUCUUCUAAAAGUUUGGUAUUUUUCUCUUUGAUAUCUGGUGGGAGGGUGUUCCACAGGGCGGGUGCCACUACCAAGAAGGCCCUCUGCCUGGUUCCCUGUAACUUAGCUUCUCGCAGUGAGAGAACCACCAGAAGGCCCUUGGAGCUGGACCUCAGUGUCCGGGCAGAACGAUGGAGGUAGAGAUGCUCCUUCAGGUAUCCUGGGCCGAGACCGUUUAGAGCUUUAAAGGUCAGCACCAACACUUUGAAUUGUGCUCAGAAACGUACUUGGAGCCAGUGUAGGUCUUUCAAGACCGGUGUUAUAUGGUCUCGGCAGCCGCUCCCAGUCACCAGUCUAGCUGCUGCACUGUGGAUUAGUUGUAGUUUCCGGGUCACCUUCAAAGGUAGCCCCACAUAGAGCGCAUUGCAGUAGUCCAAGCGAGAGAUAACCAGAGCAUGCACCACUCUGGCGAGACAGUCUGCGGGCAGGGAGGGUCUCAUCCUGCGUACCAGAUGGAGCUGAUAAACAGCUGCCCUGGACACAGAAUUGACCUGCGCCUCCAUGGACAGCUGUGAGUCCAAAAUGACUCCCAGGCUGCGCAGCUGGUCCUUCAGGGGCACAGUUACCCCAUUCAGGAUCAGGGAGUCCUCCACACCCACCUGUCUCCUGUCCCCCGAAAACAGUACUUCUGUCUUUUCAGGAUUCAACCUCAAUCUGUUAGCCGCCAUCCAUCCUCCAACCACCUCCAGGCACUCACACAGGAACUUCACCGCCUUCACUGCUUCCGAUUUGAAAGAGAGGUAGAGCUGGGUAUCAUCCGCUUACUGAUGAACACCCAGCCCAAACCCCCUGAUGAUCUCUCCCAGCGGCUGCAUGUAGAUGUUGAAAAGCAUGGGGGAGAGGACAGAACCCUGAGGUACCCGACAAGUGAGAGCCCAGGGGUCUGA